UGUUGAGCCUAAUGGGUAGACAGCAAUACACGUAUCUGGUGAUAUUUUGUUUAUUUGUUGCCAUAUCUGGAAAAAACAGAGACUUGUUUCCUUCAUGUGAAGUUGAGCUGAUGGUCCGGAGAGGCACCACGUGGAAAACGGCCCCGCUGCAGCCUCUGACAGUCAGAUGUCCCGUCAAGGACUGUGGGAAAUUACUAAACAUCACCUGGUGUAAACUACUCGACACACACAUCUGUGAACCGAUCAAUAAAACAGAAAAUGUAGAAAUAAGACAGAAUAACCACGGUGUUAAUAAUGACCUGAUCUCAUAUUUAACUUUCAAAUGGAUUUCUGUUCAUGAUGAUGGCCUGUACAGAUGUGAUUUAAAAGCACACAACUAUAGCUUAAUCAGUCACACCAUCAACAUCUCAGUUUCAGACAUGCAUCAUGGGGUUGAAACAACUGACAAUACUGAUAAUAUUGCAGUUGCAUCACCGAACACUGCUGGUGAUGAGUCCAUGUUCUGGCUGCCCUACUUCUACAUCUGUGUUUGCACAGCCCUUCUGGUUGUCACAUUAACAGUGUUAACCUUCCUGAGUUUUUAUGGCUGGAAAAGAACACUGACCUUCAAUCCAACAAAAGGACUGGAAAUACCCACCCAUGCGAUACCUGACCUGCCCAAGGGGAGCUCUCCUUCCUCUCCUGUACUGCAAGCCCACUUCGUUCUGAAUGACAUCUACUCUCAUUCUUCAAGUGCUGCAGGGACACUGCCUUCACCACCUUCCCUAAUCACCAAUGGGAACCAGCCUUUGGCGAACACAGCAGAUGAAAGUCAAGUGUCAGACUGUGCAGUGUAUGCUGUCAUCAACCAUAAACGCCCUGGGAUACCUGCCACAAGACAGCAUGCUGAGACUAAACAAGAUAAGAACCCGCAAUAUGCCACUGUCAAUGUUGCAUGAACUUUUUUGAUUUCACAUAGACACAUGGAUGGAAAAAUGUGCACGAGUACGUGGUGGUGUCAUGGAACCGGUAAAGAGGUUAAACCACACUGCAGAAGAGGUGAGUGUAGGAAGCUUGGGGCCAUGCAGAUACUCAGUGUGUCAUCUUAAAUGAACCUGGAUACAGCAAAGCAGAAGCAAUAUUUAAUUUGUUCUAUAAACCUCACAUGUGUUCCAGCUGAUGCUGCUUUGGCCAAUGUUUUGGCAGUUGGGGAAAAAAAAAAGAAACUCUGAAUAGCUAAUCGUGCAUUCCUCUGUCUGAUUUGGUAGUAUGAAGCCUGAAGUUUGGGAGCCAUCUAUAUCUCAUGAAGAAAAAAAAAAAAAAAGCAAUUCAACAUAAUCAUUGGCUGAUCUGUGACUGUGCAAGCAUUUUGUUCUUUGAGAGGUAGUGGAUGUGGUGUCCUUAAUAUUUACUUUUGCACUCGUGUGAAAUAUGAAUCAUUUGGCCUGCUCAUCUUAAAGUUCUGUGUUAAAGGAGACUAUUUGAGAGACUGAGAGGUGAGAUAAAGAGCAAACAUGUUCACAAGUCCAGCAUUUUAUCUCACACAUUUUCUUUCCCACACAGACCUCAGUGUUUUUCAGCGUUGCCUGUCGAUCACAUCAGUGUGGUUUAGCUUACAUAUGCAGGAAGUUAAAGAUCAAAAGACCUCUGACUUUAUCAUUUAUGGUAGCAGGUGUUGAGCUUCUGUUCAACCACAAAUAGUCUACAUAAUAAGAUACUGAGUCAAAGUAAGUUAGUCAACAAAAAUCAGCUACCAGAUACAAUAAGAGGAGAGGAAUGAUAGGAACAAGGAAUUUGCCAAAACAAACCUUUUUUUAUUAAAGACAAUAUAUCACAGGAGGGUACUAGUCCUCAAUCUUUUGGGUUUGUGAUCCCUUAAAACAAAUCAGUAUCUGCCCACAGCCCCCUCAUCACAUAUUAUGGCUUUACUGUUUUGAUCUAAAGGUUUAUAAGAGGCAGAAAGAGGUGAGAAUAUUCAGCAUUUCACAAGAAAAAAAAAAAGAAUAAUAAACUAGCAUUUUUGAAACAGAAGCAAUCAGUUUUCUUUCUUAUACAUUUAAUUAUCUAGUGACAAAUUAUCUUUAAUUAUCUAAUAAAAGUGUAUUGUGAUGUUAUUACACGAAUAACGCCAUUGCCGGCCAUUGUCAGCUAUUAGUUUGUCAAACCAGUUAAAACAAGUAACUGGUUUUAACUAGUUGUGGCUGAUGGGUGUGUAUCUAACAUAACCAAUAAAUACUGUUUGUUAUCCCAGAGCUUAUGAAUACAUCAGAUCAGGAUUGAUGCAGUAAGCUGUGUGUGUGUGUGUGUGUGUGUGCACAAUAUGUGAGUGUUUUUUUUUUUUUUUUUGCUCUGCUGGGUUCAUCAUAACCCGCCUGGCUUAGGAUGAAAAAGCCCUCGAAAA